GUUGCUGAGGCUGGGGGGUCCAAGGCCACUGGGCGUCAGCGAGCAGCAGGCACCGAGCAGCAGGUAGCAGGUGUCGAUCUCAGUCUCGUGCCAUGCUGCUGCGGUGUGCGGUUCUCCUGACUGCGGUCAUCUCCACCGCCCUCGCCAACCCCCCUACAGAGCGGAGUGUUGGGGUGAGAUGGGUGUCGCAAGCCCUGGCGGAAGCAAUGAUGGACUUCGCGCCAAACUCGGACAAUAACCCAGAGUGUAACCUACAUAGCAGCCUCUACCUGCAGGGACUGGCCAACUCCACUCUCUGGGCUGUUCAGAUGUUGGACUCUGCCACCUUGUCUGUCGGAGGUCUACUCACAGGGGACGCGUACGCUCUGGGUCACUACGACCAGUGUCUAGACGUGUACGUCCCUGAAACCAGACUGAGAGGGCAGCACUGCCUAGCUACGCUGCGUUACGCCCCGUCUCCUGCCGUAUACCCUCAAUACUACGCUCCUCCAAACGCAACCUAUUACGAGCCAUCCCCCCAGUCACCUGUCUGGGAGAAAGUUAAGGUAACCCUGUAUCCCGGGGUGACACGCAGAGAUCUGUUCCACUGGGCGGUCUGUGUGCCAGCCUCCUGCUCCGUGGACGAUAUCCAGCAUUCCCUGAGAUCGGCGCUGGAGCCUGUCUUCAAAAGACACGGACUAGAAGCAGCGGUCACUGUAGAUCCAGAGUAUUGCCAUGUUGCCGGCGAUAAGGAAAUACCUCCUACCAUUGGUUACAUCAGUGUUAGAGUCGUAAUACUGCUACUCCUAAUAAUCUCCGGAAUAGCAACGGUCUACGACUACGUAAUGCCGUACUACAGAGAUCAAAAAUUUGAAUCUGCCCUAGCUGAGGUGUCUGAGAAGGUGCUACUGGCGUUCUCUGUGAGAAGGAACGUACACGAGUUGACGGAGAAGGGCGUGAACCCGAAGCUGGACGUUAUCAAUGGAGGCAAAGUUAUCAGCAUCGCAGCCAUACUGUUCGGUCACAGAAUCCUGUACUCUCAUGGUCUGGCGCUGUACAACCACCAGUUCUGGGAAGAGAGGCUUGAGAACCACUUUGUAGACAACGCCUUGAUGAACGCCACACAUCUCGUGGAUGUGUUUUUCGUCUGUUCUGGCCUCCUCGCGUUCCUUGGGGUCCACAAAGCUCUCGACAAGAGGAAGAGCAUUAACUUCAUCCAGGCAAUACUUCUACGAUGGUUGAGGAUAGUCCCGACUUACUUGCUCAUGAUGGGCGUUGUGGGGUGGCUGCUGCCGCACAUGUCUGAUGGUCCUCUGUGGCACAAGAGAGUGGGUCUGGAGUCUCGACGCUGCCAGGAAAACUGGUGGCUCAAUCUGCUCUUCAUCAACAAUUACGUCCAUGCUGAUAACCAGUGCCUGCUGUUGUCCUGGUAUCUCGCGUGCGACAUGCAGUUCUUCGUCAUCGGCAUCUUCGCCAUUUACGUACUGUGGAGGUGGCCGCGCAUCGGGUACGCUCUGUUCGGAGUUCUGUUCGUAGCCUCAGUCGCCAUCCCCUUCUACGUCACCUAUGACAGACAUUACUCCGGGACCCUCAAGUUGUAUGCCAGCAGUUUGCUGGUGGACCCGUUCAGUAACGAGCACUUCAACUCUAUGUACGUGAAGAGCCACAACCGCGCAGGCCCUUACAUAGUGGGAGUGCUCACGGCGUACCUUAUGGUCACCUUGUCAGCCGCCAACUACAAGUUCUCCAAGAAAACGAUAGUUUUGGGAUUCCUGUUGUUCUUCGGCGGCGGCUACGCUCACCAAACAUAUGGCUUCUUGUUCUACCAGAAGGACAGACCCUACAAUCUCCUGGAGAACGCGAUAUACGCUGGGUUCCACAGAAUCACAUUCAGCAUCGGUGUCGCCUGGAUAGCUCUCACCCACUAUACUACUGGUUUCGGAGCGUUCAAGACGAUUCUGGCCCACCCCAUCUACACGCCGCUCUGCAGGCUAGUCUACAGUACGGUGCUGAUCCACACGGUGAUUCAACUUGCUGAGGCGUCUUCAGUGCGGCACUCGGAGCACAUGAACUACCCGAAGCUGUUCUGGAUGGCUUGUGGAGAUUACUUCAUAGCCAAUCUCCUCGCCUUGCCACUGUACCUGAUGGUGGAGGCGCCGUGUAGGACAAUUGUCAAGUUUCUGUUCGUGGACAGAAACCCCAACUCAGUUCAGAAACAAAGCCAAAACGUGUCAACGGAAAUGCCCGCAGAGCAGCCCCGCCAAGUCGUGGUGUCCAGGCUGUAGACUUCGCUAGUGUCUUGCCGCCAGUAUCUUGCCGCUAGUAUCUUGCCGCCCCACGGUGAUCUUGCGCCGCCGGGAUAAAACAUGUCUUACCAUAUGUUCAAAGUUGGAUGUGAUAUUGUACAUAGUUGUUGUAGUUGUAUAGCUCUAGUGUUAAGUUAUUUUUACUCGUUAUCUCAAUAAUAAAAUAAUAAUUGUAAAAUA